GCUACAGAGAGCCCAACCCAGGUUUCACCUUCCUCCUCUUGGAGAUCUUCUGGCGAGUUUCCGUUUCACCGUUUCAGGUCCCAUGGCGGCGGCGGCGGCGCAGCUGCAUGGAUCGGCCGCGGCCGCGGCGACCUACCGACGGACUCGAGCCUACUCAGUUCCAUCCUCAUGCCGGUGGCUACGGACCCCUCUAGCCGCUUCCCCGAAGCAGCUUUCGAUUUCUUCCACUGAAGUUGGUAUGAAGCCAUUAGGUUUUGCUGCUAAACUUUCAACAAACGAGAACGCUCGAGUUGAAGAGUUAAACUUGCAAUCAGAUCAGAUGAAGGAAUUUGUACAGGCAGAGGGGCAUGUUAUUCCCCAAAAGAGGAGUGCUAAAAUUCAUGAUUUUUGCCUUGGGAUUCCUUUUGGUGGUCUUUUAUUUUCUAUGGGUCUUCUAGGAUACAUCUUUUCCAGAAGCACCAUAAGUCUUGUCUUGGGCGUUGCGCCAGGGUUCGCCACUCUGCUACUUGGUACUCUCAGUCUAAAGUUUUGGAGGAGCGGCAGAUCCAGUUUCCUGUUUAUCUUGGCCCAAGCAGCAAUAUCUGCUUCCCUGGCAUGGAAAUACUCUCACGCUUACUUCUUGACAAACAGACUCCUUCCUUGGGGUUUCUAUGCUUCACUGAGCACUGCAAUGACUUGUUUCUACGGGUAUGUGCUGCUUGCCGGAGGGAAUCCCCCACCAAAGAAGCUGGCUGCCAUCCCACAGCAGUAAAAAGAGAGAUUCAGUCUAGGAUCAGCGUGGUUGGCAGCAUGUAGCACAAUUUUGAUUAUCAAAUUUGUAUAUUCCCCAACCUGUGGUUCACUGCUGGCUGGGUUUCUUUUGGCUCUGGUAGUCUGAAACUUUGAGCUAAUAAUGCUUCAGAGGAUGAUAGCCCUGCCUCCAGUGAACUUGCUCUGUUUUCUUCUACAUGAUGAAUGUACGUGAUAAAGAUAAGCUUGCUGAGCUUGUACUUGAGACAUUUGUUUUCGAAUUCGAAAGUUGGAGAUGUUUUGUAGUCAGGAAUCAGGAUGGCUUGUAGCUUCAAUUCUCAAACGAAUGAACAGAGUUUCGAAUA